AUGGCCUCCAAGGCUCUUCCCACUCACCUUCGGGCCCCUGCCGAGAGCGAGGCUUUCGGUGGAAAGCACCAUGGCAAGUCCCAGUCGCACAUGGCUUUCGAGAAUGCAUCCACUAGCGUCGCCGCCUCACAAAUGCGCAAUGCCCUGAACGCCCUCGGUGACAGCGUCACCGACCCCAAGGAGAAGAAGCGUUUCGAGGCUGAGAUGGAUAACUUCUUCGCCUUGUUCCGCCGUUUCCUGAACGACAAGGCCAAGGGCAACGCCGUCAACUGGGAUAAAAUCGCCCCUCCCCAGCCUUCCCAGGUUGUUGGCUACGAUGAUCUGGGUGCCGACGCCUCCGUCGAGUUCCUGAACAAGCUGGCCGUUGUCAAGCUGAACGGUGGUCUCGGUACCUCCAUGGGUUGCGUUGGUCCCAAAUCCGUCAUUGAGGUCCGUGAGGGCAUGUCCUUCCUCGAUCUCUCCGUGCGCCAGAUUGAGCACCUGAACCGAAGCUUCAACGUCAACGUGCCUUUCGUCCUCAUGAACUCCUUCAACACCGAUCAGGAUACCCAGUCCAUUAUCAAGAAGUACGAGGGCCACAACGUCGACAUCAUCACAUUCAACCAGUCGCGCUACCCCCGCAUCAUCAAGGACUCCCUCCUGCCCGCCCCUAAGAGCUUCGACUCCCCCUCCAGGACUGGUACCCUCCCGGACACGUCCCUGUACAACUCCGGCACUCUCGACAAGCUGAUUGAGCGUGGCAUCGAGUACAUCUUCUUGUCCAACGCCGACAACCUCGGUGCCGUCGUUGAUCUCCGCAUCCUCCAGCACAUGGUUGACUCCAAGGCCGAGUACAUCAUGGAGUUGACUGACAAGACCAAGGCUGACGUCAAGGGUGGUACCAUUAUUGAUUCCGACGGCAAGGUCCGCUUGCUCGAGAUCGCCCAGGUGCCCAAGGAGCACGUCAACGAGUUCAAGUCCAUCAAGAAGUUCAAGUACUUCAACACCAACAACAUCUGGCUGAAUGUCCAGGCUAUUAAGCGGGUCGUUGAGGAGAACGAGUUGGAGAUGGAGAUCAUCCCCAACGAGAAGUCCAUUCCCGCCGAUAAGAAGGGUGAGGCCGAUCAGGCUAUCUACCAGCUGGAGACCGCCGUCGGUGCGGCCAUCCGCCACUUCAAAAACGCCCACGGUGUCAACGUGCCCCGUCGUCGCUUCUUGCCUGUCAAGACCUGCUCCGAUCUGCUGGUCGUCAAGUCUGAUCUCUACCGUCUCGAGCACGGCCAGCUGGUCAUGGACCCCAACCGUUUCGGUGGUGUCCCCGUGAUCAAGCUCGGUUCCGACUUCAAGAAGGUUUCUGAUUUCCAGAAGCGCAUUUCCAGUAUUCCUCGCAUUGUCGAGCUGGAUCACCUCACGAUCACUGGUCCUGUUAAUCUUGGCCGCAACGUCACUCUCAAGGGAACUGUCAUCAUUGUCGCGUCCGAGGGCAGCACCAUUGACAUUCCUCCUGGAUCCGUUCUUGAGAACUGCGUUGUGCAGGGUAGCCUGAGAAUCCUCGAGCACUAG